AAUGGGCUGUUGAAGCAACAACGCUACUGACAGCUGCUCAGAUUGCGCUCGGGCUAGUACCCAGAUUCUGCAAAGUAAAUGGCCUCUAUGGUUUCUCAGGAGGUGGAGGUGUCAUUGAGCUGCUAGCAAGGCGUUUCCGUCAGGACCAGGGAGAGGAACGAAAUAUAGCACGGGCAGACUACGUGGUUAGCUAGCUAAUGUUAGCUUGCCAGUGCGAUGCAGGCCUUUGCAUGUGUCCCAGAUGACGUGAGGCACCUCAGCCUGUAGAGACCACGAUGACCGAAGUUCAGGCCACAGUGGAGUUCUCGGUGGAGCUCCAUAAAUUCUACAAUGUGGACCUCUUCCAGAGAGGCUUCUACCAGAUCCGUGCCAGUCUGAAGAUUCCACCUCGGGUGCCACACAAAAUUGAAGCCAGUCUUCUUCACCCAAGCGGCUCUGACCUUGCAUUUCCUGCUUUAGUCCAAGAUGAAUUCAUCUCCAGCAAAACGUUUCAGAUUCUGUACAAGAAUGAAGAGGUUGUUGUCAACGAUGUGCUCAUCUUCAAAGUCAUGAUGCUUCUGGAUGAGAAGAAGGUGGAAGAGUCCCUUUCUGAGAUGGAUUUCCAGCUCCUCUUAGAUUUGAAUUUCACUGAUGGCGAUUACACACCAGAUGACCCAAGCUCUUUACAGAAUAUCAGCAGCCGCACACUUCGUUUGCACUUUAGCCUUCAGCGAGGCAUCCACCAGCACAUCAAUGUCAUGUUUGACUACUUCCACCUUUCUGUCAUGUCUGUAGCCAUUCACGCCUCCCUUGUGGCGCUACAUCAACCACUUAUCAGUUUUCCUCGGCCAGUGAAGACGACAUGGCUUAAUCGCAACGCUCCAGCACAGAGCAAGGAUUCAGUCAUCCCACCUUUAGAGAAUGUUGUGUUUGGCAGCACUUAUGUCAAGCAGGUGUCACCAGAUGGCAGGUCAUUCCUGGUAUCUGACCACUGUGUUCAGCAUGCCUUCAGCCUCCACCAUAACAUGUGCUCCAGUCUCCUAUUUGCCUACCAGGGCCUGUUUGACUACUUCACCAAUGUCACUAAGGACUUGCCAUCCUCCCAUCGUAUGGACCUAGCCAAGCCCAGCAUGCAAGUCCUAUAUGAGCGAGUACUAAGAAGACCCUAUCCCCGGAGUCAAAGGCACGUCUACAUAGAAAAACUUGACUUGGAGGCCCGUCUAGCCGAGUUAUGUGAGCAUGUGAAGCAGAAAGCAGAGUCCCCUGACGAGUUGGCAGAACUAGUAAACAUGAAUCUAGCCCAGCUCUGCUCUCUGCUCAUGGCUCUCUGGGGCCAGUUCCUGGAGAUUGUCUCCCUACAGGAGCAAGUUGCGGCCCUUCUAGCUGUGGAACACCACACACUAAGAGUGAGGCGAUUUGCUGAAGCUUUCUUCUGUCUCGAACAUCCAAGACAGUCUGCAUUGGCAUAUCAGGAGCUAUAUGCUCACAGUCACCAGCAGAUGACUAAUGCCAUCAAAAGUUCCAGCUACUUUCUAUCUCUGCCUCCACUUCCAGUGGAAUGCGCUGACUUGGACGGUGACAUCAGCUCUGUUCCAAUCAUUUUUGAGGAUCGCUACUUGGAUUCUGUCACUGAAGAUCGUGAUGGACCCUGGCUGGGCAUGCACAACACACGGUCUGGCUUAGUGCCAAGUAAAUCAGACAAAUCUAGUUCUAAGGACUGCGUUGCAGCGGCCAGUCUUUUACCACUUGAUUCUCAGUGUGCUCCUGUGAAUAAAACCUGGGCUGACAACUUUGAGCCACCUCCAAAAUCCAAAGGAAAAUCUGUCAAACUGAAGAAAAAUUCAAAGAUUGAAAAUUCCAAGAAGCUAAUUAGACAUGGGUCCAAGGACUCAGUUGUCCUGGUGGGUUAUAAAAACCUCAAAGCUCCUUUUGCCGAUCCUAGCACCAAGUACAAGGAAGGGGAGGCUCCCCUGAAGACAGAGGAGGACCAGUAUACCUUGCAGGUGGACUCCAUUAGUUGUUUAAGGACUAAUGAUUAUUCUGUUUCUGACCCCGGUGCCUCAUCAUCACACUUUGUAAAGAGUGUGAUUGAUUCUGUUUCUGAUGACAAUAGAACUUUUACUGCUGCCUGUCUUCAGACAGGCACUGGAACUGUCCCUACGUGCCAACAGCCUCUGAACAAAGACUAUCAAGUAGACCAUAGUAACCAAAAGCUGAUGCAGUGUUCUGCUGAACCUAAGCAAAUUGAAGUUAAACCAAGUCUCAACCAAGGUGGGAAAGUCACAGUUAUUAGGCCAUGUCAGACCGAUGGUACUAUUGACAGCAAUAUUCCAGUAAUUACCCAGGCAGAAUGUUACUCCAGUCAGUCUGUGGUGGAGACAACAAAGCAUAGCCAGCAUCCCUGUCUGGUCUCAGUACAGGUAAAGAGUGAUUGUAUUAAGAUGCCCGAUAGAGCAGCUGCGAGUGCCUCUUCCCGCCUCUCAGACUCUGGCAUUGAGAGUGAGUCCAGCUCCUUUGCAGCUCAACUUGUUUCAGGGUCACAGACCUUUCCAGGGCUCAGUGUGGUUGAGUCAACUAUGGCUGGCCCACAGCCAGAGAAGACUACAGUGAGUUCUGCGCUCAGGCCUGUACAGCCAAGUGAAGUGCAAAAGCCCUGCGAGGCAGCAGUGUUUCUUCAUGCAGAAGAUACUCAUGCUGCCAGAGGGGGUCAGUCAUCGCUCACUUCUAUCAACUCCUUACCCUCAGACGAUGAAGGUGAAGGUUCCUCCAGGGGAUCGAGUGGAGCUGACGUAUUUUGCAGGAGGUCUAGUAUUGUGGUACAGGAGCAGAGUGUUGUGUUUUCUGGGGAACACACAAACCAACCUGCCGUUGAUGUGGCCUGUCCCAUAGGUUCUGCAACAGUAGAUUCACAGUUAGUGAAAUCUGUAUUUGACUUAGAAAUAGAACCCAGCGUUAUUGGUAAUCCUGAAGUUAGGCUGGAGGAGGCAACUGGUCUUGAGGCCUCAAAGGAGUCUCGCAGUGAACCUCUAACUACAUGCCCCUCAAGUAACUCUGCCACUAGUAGCACUGACCUGGUGAAACGUGGCAUGGUAGAGAAUUAUUUUGGCUCAACUUCCAGCACAGAUGUAUCCGAGAUCAGCCCUGUUGAAACUUCCGCUAUCACCCUGGGAAUCCAAACAGGACCUCAGGUUGAGGACGAUGAGGAUGAGGGUGAGCAUGAAAUGAUAGAGAAUGGCUACUACGAGGAAGGAGACGGCUAUGCCUUUGUCAAUGGUGUUGCUGAUGAGGAGCAGACUAGUGUUGUCGACACAGCUGGUCAGGAGACACGACUUCUGUUUGAACAGCUUGGAAUCAGCCACAUCCACGAAAAACUGGAUUUAUCAAAAGCUCCAGUCUGCUCCAACGUCGCCUCUGGUGGUACUGGGCAGAGUGCAGGAAGGCGCCAUCCCUCCACCUCCAUGUCUUGUAAUCUAAACUGGUAUGAAUGUGUACCUACACCACAGAUGAAACCGUUCAUUAAGGCUAAGGAAGAAAUGAAGCAAUUGAAGCUUCCAGGCGUCUUGUACAGUGAAGUACCAGAGCUGGCAUCCACAGUCCCCUACUUCAGCUUGGAGGAAGAUGAAAGCUGUGACGAGGGCAUUCAUCUUAUUGUUUGCGUGCAUGGCCUAGAUGGCAACAGUGCAGACCUGAGACUAGUGAAGACUUACCUGGAGCUGGGGCUCCCCGGUGCUCGUAUAGACUUCCUUAUGUCAGAGAGAAAUCAGAAUGAUACCUUUGCUGACUUUGAGUCAAUGACAGACAGGCUGUUGGAUGAAAUAGUCCAGUAUAUUCAGAUUUACAACCUCACUCUUUCAAAAAUAAGUUUUGUGGGUCACUCCCUGGGGAACCUGAUAGUUCGCUCUGUACUGACCAGGCCCAGGUUUAAAUGUUACCUGAGCAGGUUGCACACCUUCCUUUCCCUGUCUGGACCUCAUCUGGGCACACUGUACAACAGCUCUGCAUUGGUCAACACAGGCCUUUGGUUCAUGCAAAAAUGGAAGAAGUCAGGAUCUCUGCUGCAGCUGACUUGCCGUGACCACUCAGAUCCUCGACAGACAUUUCUCUACAAGCUCAGCAAGAAAUCUGGUCUGCAGUUUUUCAAGAAUGUGGUCCUGGUGGGUUCGCUGCAGGAUCGCUAUGUCCCCUAUCAUUCAGCUCGGAUAGAGAUGUGCAAAACUGCAUUAAAGGAUAAACAAACUGGUCCCGUGUAUGCUGAGAUGAUUGAAAAUCUGCUGCUGCCAGUACUUCAGAACAAAGACUGCAACCUCGUCAGAUAUGAUGUCAUCCAUGCACUUCCCAACACAGCCAAUUCUCUCAUCGGUCGGGCUGCCCACAUUGCUGUUCUUGAUUCAGAGAUCUUUCUGGAGAAGUUCUUCCUUGUUGCCGCCCUCAAAUUCUUUCAGUAAAACUGCAUGUGGAAUGAGAAGAGAGAAAAGAGAGAAUGUGGAGCUAAUACCUCACUUCAUCUGAAUUAUCCUCCAAUAACCAUUGAUGGACUAUACACUACUUAUAUUUACUUUUUAAUGAAAUACGACAUGCAUCAUAAUUAUUUGUUUUCUCUCCGUUCAUAGUUUUUAUGGUGUUUGUUUUUAUUUUUCUACUGACAAUGUUGUGUUUAUGUCUUGGGGCAAGGUUUUGACAAGUUUUAGUUUUUCUUUUCAAUGUUAUUUAUGUAUGUUGCUGUAUGUUAUUCAAUUAAUUUUAGCUGUUGAAAUGAAACUAGAGCUGCUACAAUGUUAAAAUGGCAAGUCUGCACAUAAUGGCACCAUUUGGAAAACCUUUCCACUAGUUUUUAAGAGACCUUGCAUUCAUUUGCACCACAGCUGCAUUUUAGAGGCUUUUGUACAGAAAAGUCAUUUGUACAGGUUGCUUUUGUACUGACAAUUUUCCAUCCUUUUUAAAAGAAAAGACUGGAUUUGAAAUCGCAAUGUUGUGCUCAGACUUUGAAGCUAUUCUUUUUAUUUAUUUUUUAUUUUUUUUAUCCUUUUAUGCAGCAUUGUGCACAUUUGCCAACAUGGUGUUGGUGAAAAUAAAGCUGCAGUAUAACAUUUUAACACAGGGAGCUUAAGCUAUGCUCAUCAUUGAACAAAAGCACAUUUGGAUUGUAUCACCCAUUUUAUUGAAGAUAUUUGGUGUCAUUGGGUGAUUGUGUCAACUCUAAAGCAUUGCUUGGAUUUUAAAACGUGCUUCAUGGGUGAAUGUUUAUAUAUCAUUAUACCAAUAAAAUUGACGAUAAA